GGACCCAGCACAUGGUCGCCGUCCAUGGGAAGCGGGCAUCAGCCCGGGUAAGAAGUAGUCGUAAAGCCAUGAAUGGCGAGAAUCCGAGCAAUCACCGACGCACAUCUGAUCAAGCACGCCGAUUCCGUGUCCGCGUCUGUCGAUAGCCACGUUGUGCUACAAUCAGCUCUUGUAGUAGCUUUGCUGUGCAAAACCUUGCAUUUUUGUGAGAGUGAGUGGGUUGCAGUGUGAAGUUUUUGGGCAAAGUUUUGUGUCUACGUUGUGGUGGUUUGGUGGUGUGUUUUUAUUGCUUGAGGUUGUGUUGUUGAAGAGUUUGUAGACAUGGUUCACCGGUUUCAGGAGGAAGAUAACUACGAUGACUACGACCCUGUGCCUUACCAGGGGGGUUACGACCUGGAGGAAGCGUAUGGGUCCGUGAAGCUUGCUGAUGAGGAGUCUGGGUAUCGGAGGGCUGAUUUUGGGGAAGAUGAGGAGGAGCAGGGGGUAGAGUAUGGUAACGAGGAGUGUCCUUAUGGGAGAGUGCCCGGGCCAUCGAUUUACGGAGGUCAUCCCAGACCUGGCGCUGUCUACGGUGGUGGACGUGAUCGCACUAGGCCGAGCGAGGAUGAAGCACAACCCGAUUAUGGACGCCAUAGGCCUUCUUACGGUGGAGAAGAAGAAGAGUCGGGCUACCGCAAGCCAAGACCUGCAUACGGUGAAGAAGAAGAAGAGUCGGGCUACCGCAAGCCAAGACCCUCAUACGGCGAAGAAGAAUCCGAGGAAGGGGGAUACCGCAAGUCCAGACCUUCCUACGGCGAGGAAGAGUCCGAGGAGGGAGGAUACCGCAAAUCGAGACCCUCAUAUGGCGAGGAAGAGUCCGAGGAGGGAGGAUACCGCAAAUCCAGACCCUCAUAUGGCGAGGAAGAGUCCGAGGAGGGAGGAUACCGCAAAUCCAGACCCUCAUAUGGCGAGGAAGAGUCCGAGGAGGGAGGAUACCGCAAGCCGAAACCUAAAUACGGCGACGACGAGGAGGUGUCCGAUUACCGUAGGUCAGGAUACGGUGAAGAAGAAGAGUCUGGUUAUCGCGAACCGAAGCCAACUUACAAUGAGGAAGAGAGCGAGGAGUCUGGGCACCGUCGCUCUCGAUACGGGGAAGAAGAGGCUCCCGCCGAGGAGGGAGGCUACGGUGGCUAUGGCCGUCGCAAGCAGCACAACGAGGAGGAGUCCGAGGAGAGUGGCUACGGCGGUCGUCGCAAGUAUGGUGGUGACGAGGAGUCUUCUCGUUAUGAAGGCAGGAACCGAUACACGGAAGAUGCGCCUGCAGAAGAAGAAGAAGCUCCUAGAAAGAACUGGUGGUGAUAAUCCACUGGUUUCGUAAUGCGUGCAGAGUCGGUGGCAUUUCUGAGUGUCGAUCGCCAUCCGUGCACACUCCGAUGGUAUUGUUCGUUUCUGUCGUCGCCGCGAUGAGUGGAAUGAACUAGAUCCGAGCAGGGAUAGAGCAGUCGAUGUCAUGUCUGUGCAGAUCCAUCCUGUUUUGGCAUCGUCGGAAUUGAAUAAAAACCUCUCCAUCUCCAUGGAUUUCGUUCUUGUA